AUGGCUCAUACUAAGGUUGUUGCUCUUGCAUUCAUAAUUUUGCUGAGCAUUGGCCUCUCGGAGGCCGGCCGAAUCCUGACAUCUGCUCGUGGCGGGGGAGGUGGCGGCGGUGGUGGCGGAGGGGGUGGGGGUGGUUCGGGAGGCGGCCACGGUUCUGGCUAUGGCUCCGGUUAUGGAUCUGGGGGAGCAAACGGUGGAGGAUAUGGGAGAGGCGGAGGUGGUGGAGGUGGCGGAGGCUCGGGUGGUGGGAGCGGAGGCGGGACUGGAUCAGGGUACGGGUAUGGCAGCGGGUCUGGUUAUGGUGAGGGAGGUGGCGCCAAUGGAGGAGGGUAUGGACGGGGCGGCGGCGGCGGCGGUGGAGGCGGCGGUGGCUCCGGCGGUGGGAGUGGAAGCGGGUCGGGGUAUGGCUCCGGCAGUGGGUCUGGGUACGGUGAGGGAGGCGGUGCCUAUGGUGGAGGGUAUGGAAGAGGUGGUGGAGGUGGUGGCGGGGGUGGCGGUGGAAAUGGGAACGGAAGUGGUUCCGGUUACGGGUCCGGUAGUGGGUCUGGCUAUGGUGAGGGAGGCGGUGCCUAUGGUGGAGGGUAUGGUAGGGGUGGCGGCGGAGGUGGUGGAGGUGGCGGUGGAUCCGGUGGGGGGAACGGAAGUGGGAGCGGAUCAGGUUAUGGGUCCGGUAGUGGGUCCGGGUACGGCGAGGGAGGUGGCGCCCACGGUGGAGGGUAUGGAAGGGGAGGCGGCGGAGGCGGCGGUGGCGGCGGAGGUUCGGGCUCUGGGUCUGGUCAUGGUUCAGGGUACGGGUCUGGGUAUGGAAGGGGUGGAGGCUUUAGUCACCCGUAA